AUGGUUUACAACGCACAAGGACAUCCGAGUGGCGAAGCAUUCAUACAGAUGGAUUCCGAGAUAAGUGCUGCAACAGCUGCCGCCUUGGCUCAUAACAAGUACAUGCAGAUCGGAAAGAAACAGCGGUACAUCGAAGUGUUCCAGUGCAGUCCCGAGGACAUGAACCUGGUGGUGACCAGUCCGCCGCUGCCGCCGCAGCUCAUACUGCAGCCGCCAAGACCGAUCUUCCCACAACGUACCCAUGUUUCUGUUCUGUUCGGGAUGAAUUAUUCGUGA